AUGUGUUCAUCUGGAACACUGAAGUUGAUUGAUAUGCCAACAUCUCCGGCGAUAGUGGAAUAUGAAAGUACAAUCAUAACAGAAAAUACACCAACUGUUAUUGAAGUAGGCCAAGUAUACAACGACAAUCAAACAAUUGCUAGUGCAAUGAAGCACUAUUCUGUCAUGAACAAGUUUCAAUUUAGGGUGAAAAGGUCUAGUGCUAGAAGCUACUGCCUGGUAUGUGUUGGGGAAGAUUGUACAUGGCACUUCAAGUCCACCAGCAUAAAUGAUUCAGCAAUGUUCAAGAUUCGAAAAUUCAACAGCUUGCACACAUGCUCUUUGAUGGACAAUACAUACAUACAACGUAAACCUACUGCCAUGGUAGUGGGUAGCAUGGUUAUACCAAAAUAUGCUGAUCCUAAGACAAUUUACACACCAAAAGACAUACAAAUUGAUAUAUUGUCUGAACACGGCAUGAACUUAACAUACAUGCAAGCUUGGAGAGCAAAGGAAAAGGCUUUGGAAUUUUUGAGAGGUUAUCCUGUUGACUCCUACAGUCAAUUGCCUAGUUAUUUGUAUAUUCUGGAGAAGACUUAUCCAGGGUCGGUAGUUAAAUUGAAGAAGACCGACGAUGAUUGUUUCUUGCCAGUUCUAGUAGUUGAUGGGACCUUCUUGAAGUCAGCAUACAGGGGAAUAAUGCUAACAGCUAGCACAAUGGAUGCAGCAGGUAUUGUAGAUUUAUUGUAG